AUGUCUUCUCCGCCGCCCACCACCACGUCGUCCGCGCCGCCGCCCGUUCCUUCGGCCACCGCCACCACGGCGGGUUCUCCAGCGGCCACCACGACGGCGGGCUCCGCCGCGCCGGCGUCCGUCAUCUACACGCCCGAGCAGCUGAGCGGGGUCGUCAACGACCUCGUCACGGCGGUGCAAGGCAUCCGCCUCUACUUGAUCGGUUCCCGGGGGCCCCCGACGCCGCCGCAGCCGGCCAUCUUCUCCGUGCCGGCACCCGCACCAGGGGUUUCGCCCUUCACGGGCGUACCGUUGCAGCCUCCGCCGGCGCCGGCCCAGCCCUGGCCGCAGUGGCCACCGUCCGCCCCCGCCAGCCCAAGCACCGCAGCAACGGGGGGCGUCCCCAUCCACCAGAUCCGCUUUCCCCCGUCGCCGUCUCCGCUGCCGGCGUGGCUCACCGCGUCGUCGACUCAGCCGGUCUACACCACCGCUGCCGAGCCGCCGAUGCCCUCCCUCCCGGGCACCGCCCCUGGGGGGUAUGCACGCCCCUAUGAGGCGCGCCCCGACGCGCACGGCCCCGGCGGGGUAACCUAG